CCAGCAGAGGGAGACUGGCCAGCUGGUGUCAGUGGGUCAGAGCUUUUUCUCACACAGCUACUCUGCACAUUAGAGAGGGGACUCAUAUAUACAGGAAGCCUCUGAGCGCAUGGAGAGAGAGAGAGUAAAAAACAGUAAAAGACAACACCUGCUACCGAGCCCAUGAAGUUAAUAGACUCCUUUCCUAACUGGGUGGAUUGUCUCUGAGUGACAGUUGUCUAUUGGUGAGCUGACAGGACAGAAUGUCACGGCGGGACCAGAGGUUUCGGAGAGGAAUGAAAGGACGGUGUUGUGAAUGUGGCUGUAUCCUGUCUCACUGGUACUAUGAAAGAGAGGGACAGCUCUACUGUAAGAAGCACUACUGGGCCCGUUAUGGAGAGCACUGCCACGGCUGCAGGGAGACCAUCGCAACAGGACUCAUUAUGGUUGCUGGAGAACAAAAGUACCACCCUGAAUGCUUCACUUGUAUGAACUGUGAUAUGUUCAUUGGAGAUGGAGACACCUACACGCUUGUCGAACACACCAAACUCUACUGUGGCCACUGUUUCCGUCAGGGUGUAGUAUCAGCUGCAAGGUCAGCUUCUCCACUCACCAAGAGUCCCCACAUGGUGGCGCUGGUGGAGCUUCCCCCUCUUACAGUUGGAAGACGAGGCCUGACUGUGACCACGGACCUCAGCCAAGACAAAAGCCCUCUCAUCACUGUGACUGAGUUAGACUCAACUGUCCUCAGCCCAGACCUGCUGUCCUCUGUCCACACUGGUGAUCGAGUGCUAGAGGUCAACGGCAUUCCUGUUCGCAACAUUUCCCCAGAUGAGAUACACUGUGUGAUUGAGGACACAAGCAGACCCCUGCAGUUGACCAUUGAACAUAACCCACAGGCUCCUGAUGACGUCCUUCAUUCAAACAGUCCAGAGGACAACAAUAGCCGUCCUGACCCUUGCGUCCGUGACAAACUAGCUCCAACCCACAAACUCCCGAGUCUAGAGGAAGAGCCAAGUCCAGGGGAGGACACAGAUGAACAAAUCAGGAUGAGCCACUCACCGCCUCGGCACCAAGGAACCACUGGAGUGCGAUCAAGACACAUCCUGCGCAGCUAUAGUAUAGAUAAGUGUCCUCUGUCCCCUGGAGGACUGCCACUUUUAUCUCAAAGGAGAGACAUGGUUCGCUCAGAGUCUCUCCGCGUGGACCCUGGAGAGCGGACCCACCGCAUCUUUAGACCUUCAGACCUCAUCCACGGAGAAGUGCUUGGCAAGGGCUGCUUUGGACAGGCUGUCAAGGUAACACAUCAGGAGACAGGGGAGGUGAUGGUGAUGAAAGAGUUGAUCCGUUUUGACGAAGAGACACAGAAGACUUUCUUAAAGGAGGUGAAGGUGAUGCGCUGUCUAGAUCAUCCCAAUGUUCUCAAGUUCAUUGGACUGUUUUAUAAAGACAAACGAAUAAACUUCGUCUCUGAGUACAUCCAGGGCGGAUCUCUAAGAGAGACCAUCAUAAAGAUGGACAAGGACUUUCCCUGGAGUACAAGAGUAGGUUAUGCCAAAGACAUUGCAGCUGGAAUGGCCUAUCUACACUCCAUGAAUGUUAUCCACCGAGAUCUAAACUCAUUCAACUGCCUGGUCAGAGAGAACCAGUCUGUGGUGGUGGCAGAUUUUGGACUAGCCAGGCUAGUGAUGCAGGAGAGGAACCAGAGCCGAACCUCUUCUAUGGACCGGCCUCCAAGGGGGCCACUGUCAGAGCUUCGUAGGCCUGACCGGAGGAAGCGGUAUACUGUGGUAGGAAACCCCUAUUGGAUGGCCCCUGAGAUGAUCCAUGGAAAAACCUAUGAUGAACGGGUUGACAUCUUUUCCUUUGGUAUCAUGAUAUGUGAGAUAAUAGGCAGAGUGAGUGCUGACCCUGACUUCCUUCCCCGGACGAAUGACUUUGGGUUGAAUGUAGCUGGUUUCCUGCAGCAGUACUACCCUGCACAGUGCCCCUCAGCCUUCCUGCCUCUGGCUGUCCUCUGCUGUGACAUGGACGCUGAUAAACGUCCUGCUUUUUCAAAGCUCGAGGAGUUGCUGGAGAACCUGCUGAUGCACCUAGACAUCGGUCUGCCUUUGCGCUCUGAGUUAGAGCAGCUCUCUAAAACCUUCUGGCAGAAUCACAACAUCCAGGACAACAUCCAUGAUUCUCAUGAACAAACCCACUGUUCACAACCACAAAGACAGAGCCCUGACCCGGACAAUACAAAUAACCACACAGAAUCUAAUCACCUCACUCAGAGCCAAGACCAAGACAGCAUACCUGACAGUCACUCGGACGGACAGCAAAACAUGCAGGACAACCAUAGCAUGAGGACUGAGCAGGUCCACUCCUGUUUGAAGAGAGAAUGUAUAAACUACUCACAAGAUGAGAGCCAGUGUUGCAGGACUAUGACAGACGCUGAAACCUGUAAACAUGAAAACCACUCAGGACAAGAAAACAUCCAACAUGAGCCGUCGCAGCCACUGCAGGACAACAGCUCGGACCUAGACCAGUCUAACAGGCACAGGAGGACAUGCAGAGCGUUGUGGGACAGAUCUACAGAGGACAGCUCUUUUCUCUGAUUGUUUAAUGUGAUGGUGAGAGAUGACACGUCUAUAAAGCCUAUUUUUGAAGGAUAAUAAACUUUAUGAACACAGUAGUGCCUUCUCAAACAAUAGAGAGAGAACUGGAAGAAUCAUAAAGCUAUAUGUUGGGGACUAAUGCAUGGACAACCUGCAGAAUCCAAUGAAUACAGAUUCAUGGUAUAUCAGAAGUAGUAAAAAUGUGUACACAGCUUUAUUGCCUAGCACAUUUCAUCUUAGUCAUAUUGCUCUGUGAACCCAUAUUUAAAUUGUUUGACUAGAGCUCAGCUGAUACUGGAAUUAGUUUAUGCCCAUAUUGACAUUUGAGAAUUUAGCAUUAGAUACGAUAGCAGCAUAUAGGCUGGUAUUUUUUUUUAGCAUGUAACAAAAACAUUUUUAAUAAGGAUUCCUUAAAUUGCCCCAAAAUCUGUCAAUGCUAAUAAAUGGACAAUCUACAACACUCUUUCUAAAUUACCUCAAACAUAUUAUUGCAUCUAUGUAUUAGUGUCUCUUUACUUAUUGGCCAACAUCUACAGUAUGAUAAUAUUAGUAUAUCUGUGAUAAGCUAAAAUUGGCUGACCAGUUUAUUGGUUGGGCUCUAGGAUCAACUAUUGUCAAGAAGCUGUGAAACACAUGGCACUUUAUACUUCAAGCUACAUUGCAUAGGUCAAUUAUUUAUCAGAAAGCGUUAAUGUAUUUUCUGUCAACAAUGUUCAGACCACAUCGAACACAUUGAGCUGUGAAACUACAACUGUAUUUAAUAAAGAAAAUUAUAAAUUCA